AAAACCAUUGUAAACUUUGCCUGUAGGAGAGCUAAUCUCUUAAUAAAAUACAGAAAAACCAUCUCAGAAAAAGGAAAAUGGGCAAUCGUCAUAGCCAGUCGUAUACCCUCUCAGAAGGCAGUCAGCAGUUGCCCAAAGGGAACACCCAACCCUCGACAGCCGUGCAGCCUCUCAGCCACCCAUCAGGAAAUGGAGAGCCAGAGGCCCCACAGCCUGCUAAAGCAAGCAGUCCUCAGGGUUUUGAUGUGGAUCGAGAUGCCAAAAAGCUGAACAAAGCCUGCAAAGGAAUGGGAACCAAUGAAGCAGCUAUCAUUGAAAUCUUAUCGGGCAGGACAUCAGAGGAGAGGCAACAAAUCAAGCAAAAGUACAAGGCAACAUACGGCAAGGACCUGGAGGAGGUACUCAAGAGUGAGCUGAGUGGAAACUUCGAGAAGACAGCCUUGGCCCUUCUGGACCGCCCCAGCGAGUAUGCCGCCCGGCAGCUGCAGAAGGCUAUGAAAGGUCUGGGCACAGAUGAGUCUGUGCUCAUUGAGGUCCUGUGCACGAGGGCCAAUAAGGAAAUCAUCGCCAUAAAAGAGGCCUACCAAAGGCUAUUUGACAGGAGCCUCGAAUCAGAUGUCAAAGGUGAUACAAGUGGAAACCUAAAACAAAUCCUGGUGUCCCUGCUACAGGCUAAUCGCGAUGAAGGAGAUGACGUGGACAAAGAUCUAGCUGGCCAGGACGCCAAAGAUCUGUACGAUGCAGGGGAAGGCCGCUGGGGCACGGAUGAGCUUGCUUUCAAUGAAGUCCUGGCCAAGAGGAGCUACAAGCAGUUACGAGCCACCUUUCAAGCCUACCAGAUUCUCAUUGGCAAAGACAUAGAAGAAGCCAUUGAAGAAGAAGCAUCAGGAGAUUUGCAGAAGGCCUAUUUGACUCUUGUGAGAUGUGCCCGGGACUGCGAGGGCUAUUUUGCUGAACGUCUGUACAAGUCGAUGAAGGGUGUGGGGACAGAUGAGGAGACAUUGAUUCGUAUAAUCGUGACCAGGGCCGAGGUGGACCUUCAGGGGAUCAAAGCAAAGUUCCAAGAGAAGUAUCAGAAGUCUCUCUCUGACAUGGUUCACUCGGACACCUCCGGAGACUUCCAGAAACUGCUGGUAGCCCUCUUGCACUGAGCCAAGCCAGGGUAACAGGAACACAGGAUGGAACCGCCUUUGUCAGGAGCACAUUCCAAAUCAAACUUGCAAAUGACACUCCUGCAUGAAAAACCCUCAAGAGUCCUGGAUUACUUUCUUGGCAGCCUAAGCAGCACAGCCAGGCCAAGCUGUUUAAGUUAAGGGCAGCAAUGUCAAGAUGCUUGGGCAGGGUACCUUGAAUGCUGGCUUAGCAAGCAUCUGGGCUGCCUAUUCACUUUCCUUUAGCAUGAUAACCGGAUGCUUUCUAAACACAAAUGAAAUCAGCAGUUGAUGAAAAAAUAAUGCAUUUGUAAUGGCACAUUUAGAAGAAUAUGCAUCACCCAAGGGUGUGUAUGCUCUGGGUUAAGAUUGAAUGACUGAGGUACAGGAAAGACAAAAUUAAACAAUUUAUUAAUUUUC